UAAUACAGAAGCAGUGGUUCUUUUAUUGUUCUGUGCACUAGAAACAAGUUACUGUUUUAGUAUAUUUAAUAGAGUAUUACUUCCAGAAAUAUACUUGUAAAGUAUAUUUACUCUACUGUAAAAGUAUAAAUAAAGUACUUACCAUUGUUAUUCCUUUAUAUUUGUUCUACAGUUUCCACAGUUAUGUAUUUUCAUUUUAUUUGCGUAAUUUUAAUAAUCACUAGUGUGGUUUCCGUGACCUCAUCACAGUAUGAUCCGGUUGGUUCCGGUUGCUCACCGGUUGUGAAAAUAUUACCGAAAAAGAGCGCUAUUCUCACGCAAUCAAGGGGUACAAGGGGUCAGUGUGAGAGCAAGGACGAUCUCCAGGACUAUAGACUGUGCAGUGGACAUUGCCACUCGGGCUACGUAGUAAAUGGAGAGUCAGGGAUAAGGAGCCAGCCAUUCGAUGAACAGUGUCAAUGCUGUCGCGUAACUAAAUACGCCUUGUUGCCGGUGACGCUCUACUGUGAUGACGGCUCGCAAGUAUCAGACAACGUGGUCGUGCAUGAACAGUGCUCUUGCAGAAGAUGCGAUGACACAUGGCAACCCACAGUACCCAAUAACAACAGUAAGAAGCCGGUAGUGACAGGAAGACCAUUCUGAGCAAUCGCUACAAGCAAACUUAACAAUUAUUAAUUAUCAUCGUCACUAUCCACACUCCACGGUUAAGGGAACAAAAUCAAUUCCGAGAUGACUAAGGUUCAAUACCCGUUGGACUAAUUAACCCACUCCUAACAAAAAAUAGUGGUGUGAGCUCAAAAUAUGCUAUUAAUUACUGGUUACCAUAAGAAUUGUUAUUACUUCAGUCAUAUUGUAUAACUAAAUACCUACAAUCUUUAUAUGUAUAAUGCUUGACCUAGUUAGAAGGAUUAAAAAAAGACUUGGAUUUUUCUAAAAAUAAUAAAUAAAAGCUCAUUCAUUAAACAGGGUAUAUAUUAAAACUAUAUAAUAUAUUGAAACAAAAUAUUGUUUUGUAUUUGCAAUAUCAGACAUUGGUUUGUAUGAAUAUAUAAAAAAAGUUGGAAUGAAACAA